CACAUGUUUGUGUACUUAGUCAUUGCACAGAUUUGUUAUUGGUCUUGCAAGGCCACACAGGUUUUUCUAUGUUAUAUUUCGCUGUUCUUCAUUGACGCUGAUGAAAAAAAAAACCGUUGGCUUCACUGAAUGCAUACGCGCUUCCUUUUUUUGACAGUUUACUGCGUCAUCAGAACACGACGUCUCCUCAAGUUUUUUAAAAUAUUUUUUUUUAUUUAUUCACAAUAACAAUUUACAAUAUAUACAGGAUUUGCCACAGGGGUACAGAAAGAAAAGCACACACACAAAAUCAGACAAACGUCAAUUCCAAAACAGAGAUCCAAAAUAAACACAGGGUAAGAAACGGAGACAAAACAAACAAAAAAUAAUAAUAAUAAAAAACAUGAUGUAUGAUUCAUAAAUCAAUAAAGUAUUUGUCCAAAACAAAGUCAGUUUUCAGAGCCUUCUUGCUCUCAAGUCCUUUAAUAGAAGUGCAGUAUUGCUCCAGUUCCUGUAGAAAGUGAACAAAACUGGGUUUAUCGUCAGCCCAUUUCUUUUUAUGUAUGUGAAACUUCCCUAAAAACAGAAGUAACUGUACAAAAAAAAACUCAAGUCCUUUUUCCCUCUGAUAUUCUUCAAAACAAAUAAUAAUGCGCUUUCAUACGCGCUCCCCCGGCCAGCGUCUGACGCCCGUGUGACGCAAUGACGUUGUUACGCCGAACGGAAAUUUGCAACAGCAAUUCUUUCUAGAAAUCUGUAGCAGUUUCUCGCUAGCCCGCACUGGGUAGGUCCACAUAAGUUCAUAUUGGCUACACACAACCAGCCGAUGCGUUUAAUAUUAAUACACAUUUAUUAAAAGCACUGAGUCGUUGCGCUUUCUGUUUUUUUGAUUAGCGAUUCGGGUAAGCUUCGUUUAGCCAACUAACUUAGCCGAGUCAUAUCCAAAGCUAACGCUAUUAGCGUUAGGUUGUUACUGGCAUCAUGUCGAGGAUAGACUACAGCGUGUGGGACCACAUCGAGGUGUCCGAUGAUGAAGAUGACACCCACCCUAACAUCGACACUCCCAGCCUCUUCAGAUGGAGGCACCAGGCUCGUGUGGAGCGAAUGGAGGAUUUUAACAAAAGAGGUGAAGACCUCAACAAGUCACUCACUGAAUGCCGGCGUAAACUGGCAGAGGCACAGAAGAAGGUACAAGAGCUGUCCAGUUCAGCAACGGAUGAUAGCAAAGCAGAGCUGAGCAAAGUCCAGGCUGAGGAGAAGAAACUGAAAAAAGAGGAGCGGGACUGGGAGAAGAAGGUGGCAGAACAUAACAGGGAAGAGAAGAAGAUGCCAUGGAACGUGGACACGCUCAGCAAGGAGGGUUUCAGCAAGAGCAUUGUCAAUGUCAAACCUGAAGCUUCUGAUGAGACCGAAGAAGAGAAGGAACAAAAGCAUAGAAGCUUUGUGGAUAAAAAUGAGAAGCAGAUCAAACAUUUUGGCAUGUUACGCCGUUGGGAUGACAGCCAGAAGUACCUCUCUGACAACCCUCAUCUAGUAUGUGAAGAGACCGCCAACUACCUGGUUAUUAUGUGCAUCGACCUUGAAGUUGAGGAGAAACACGCACUGAUGGAGCAAGUGGCUCACCAGACCAUCGUCAUGCAGUUCAUUCUAGAGUUGGCAAAAAGCCUCAAGGUGGACCCUCGUGGCUGCUUUAGGCAAUUUUUUGCCAAGAUUAAGACCGCAGAUCAGCAGUACCAAGACGCAUUCAAUGACGAGCUGGAGUCAUUUAAGGAGAGGGUUCGAGGCAGGGCGAAGAUCCGCAUAGAAAAGGCCAUGAAGGAAUAUGAGGAAGAGGAGCGACAAAAGCGCUUGGGACCUGGAGGACUUGAUCCUGUUGACGUGUACGAGUCCCUGCCAGCUGAGAUGCAGAAAUGCUUUGAUGAAAAGGACAUCCAAUUGUUACAAGAUGUUAUUAGCAAAAUGGAUCCAACGGAGGCAAAGGUUCACAUGAAGAGAUGCAUAGAGUCUGGGCUCUGGGUCCCCAACUCCAAGACAGACGAUGGGGAUGAAAAAGCUGAAGAUCCUACCUACGAGGAGGUGAAGCAGGAGCAGGAAGAAACUAAGAAAGAAUGACCAACAUUGAUCCUAUGAAUCGUUUCUGCAAAUGUACUUACCCACUGUAUUGCGAUUCCAAUAUGUGUAUGACUAGUUUGCCAAUCGUGGAACAAUGAAAUACCUUCUCUUAAAUAUUUAGCUGAGACUUGAGGGAUUAGCGUUCACCUAUCUGCACAACUACGUUGCAUCAGUAACUCCCGCUUGGAAAAGAAACUGCUGCUCGUGUUUAGUUCUUUUGUUUGUGUGGACAUCAGCUGUAUUCUUACAUUUCUUUGUAUACAUGUUAAUUUGUGUGGGAAUGUAUGUGCACACAGGCCUGCUUCUUUUGUGCUGUUGUGUAAUUGGAAAAACAUUCUGUACAUUUUCAGGUUGCGCAUACAAAGAAUUGGAUGGAUGGAUUUUUUUUUUGUCAUCAAAUCAUUUAAGAUUGUGUUAAGACUUUUAGGGCUUGAGCAACCAAUGUAUUCUGAUGGUUAUUUCCCCCCAGAGUGACAUUUUCUACAAACUUGCUUAACUAAAGGUUGAAUUAUAUCCAACUAUUCAAGACCAA